GCUGCAGGACGCCGAGCGCCGCCGUCCCGGAGGGGCCAUGCGGCUCCUGCCUCUCCUCGCCUGGGCACUGCUGCCAGGCUGCUGGGCGGUGACGGGGCCCGGCACCGUGCGGGGGUUCGUGGGGGGGUCCCUCUCGGUGACCUGCGCGUACGAGCCCGGCGAUGAGGAGAUGCCGAAGUUCUGGUGCUACCAGGUGAGCUUUUUCACCUGCGUUAUCGACAUCGUUCUCACCUCGGCGCUGAGCCCCGUGGUGCGGCGGGGCCGGGUCACCAUCGAGGACAAUCGUGCACAAAGGGUGUUCACGGUGACCAUUAAAGACCUGGUUGCGGAGGACGCCGGCUCCUACCGCUGCGGGGUGCGAACGGGCAAGCUCAAGUGGGAUAAGAGCGCGGAUGUGCGGGUGAUCGUGUCCCCAGCUCCUUCCUCCUCCUCCCCAGCAUCGCCCCAUGGCUCCACCACUGCGCACCUGGAUCUCAUCAGCUCUGUAUCAGUCUCCACACAGGCAAAUCCCCAGGGGGAAGCUCUGCAGCCAGGAUCAAAUCUCUCCCACCACAAAGGCUCCAGCGUUCCGCACUUGGAUGUAGUUGAGCACAUCCUCACUCCAGGCAUCGUCGUGGUUCUCCUUUUGCUUGCAGCUGCUGUUGGUGUUCUGGUAACACUCACUAGGAAGAGGAAGAGGGGGAGCAGAUGCCUUGAACUACGCGGACAUCAACCACGGCGCGAGCACUGCCGAGAGCCGGCUGUACGGCAACAGCGAGGCACCGCGCUGCUCGGCAGGCACCACGACCGAGUACAUGGAGGUCAAGCAGAGGGACAAGCAUUUGGAAGAGAAGAGCGAGCCCACGUACGCCACCGUGCGCAGGUCCCUGCCGGAGCAGCAGGAGAUCUAUGCCAACGUGCCGUCAGCUCCACAGAGGGGAGAGCCCCAGAGCACAGCGCAGAGGGAGUGAGCCAGCCCCUGGUCCAUGGGCUGCUCCUGCUGCCGGCAGCACCAGCGGGACUUCAUUGGAUGCACAUGGAGGGCAGUGGGCUGGCUUGCUGUUCAUGCAGGAGCCGGCUGGACAGAGGAGCUGCUGCUCUUGUAGGCUUGGAUGUUUCCUUGGAGCAGCCUCAAGGAGGCUGAGGAUGAGCAGGAGGCACGGGGCGGGAUGAGGAUGGAGUCAUCCCUCUGCAUUUGGAGACCUCACCUGCGCAGCAGUGAUGCUGGGAAUAAAUGGACUGGCCAGGCAGUGGUGGGAGAGCCCUGCAGGCUCUGCCUGGCUCCCUGCAUCCAGCACCCAUCCUGCUUGCCCCUUUGGCUGUUAUUCACAGGGACUGAAGCUCCCAAACCCAUUGAUCACCUCAGAUUGGCUUUUCUCAUGUUGAUGGCAGGCAGAGCUGGCAGCAGGAAGCAGGAUAGCAAAAUGUGCUAUAUCCAGAUGUAUUUGUUAUAUCCAGAUACCGGGGGCUUGGGUAGGGUAUCGGUGCAAAAGAUACAGAGAGGAGCUCCUGUUCCUCCUGCACAGCAGCUUGGAAGUGUCCCCCCUGACCCCUGGUCUCACAUCCCCAUUGAGGUUUGCUCCUGCUCUCUCUGCCCCACCAUUCCCAAGGAACUCCAGGCUGGGAGCACACGGAUAAGCUGUAACCGUGAUCCUGCUCCUCUCUGCUUUCCUGGUAACUUAUUUCAUGGCACCUACUCAAUACAUCUGUUUGUGAGGCUGAGGCAAGCGUAUUUCAGGGGUUCAUUUGGAGAGGGUCUGUUAACUUCAACUGCUGCAAAGCUUUGGUUCAGUAUUGUUAUAACUAUCUUAUUUGAGAAGCCACAUGGAGCAUCCCUGCUCUGGCAAAGCCAAAGACUGCUGGAAGUAA